UUGUAAUGACUGCAGACAGCCUGUAGGGGGCUCUGCUCACCUUCAGAGGACUGAACUUUGACCUCAUGUGUUUGUGUCUCUUCAGCUCUGUGUCCUCUCACAGCAAGAAGAUGAUGUACAGGAUCCUGCUGCUCCUCAUGAUGACCUGCUGUGACUGUGUGAACGUGACUCAGCGCUUCUAUCAGGCAGAGGAGAACCAGAAUGUCACUCUGGAGUGGACCUUCACACCCCAAGAUGACUCCUCACUUCACUCUCUUUUUAUCUACUGUUUGAUCUACACUGAUUUUGAAGUCUCCAGACUGUUUCGUCUUAAUAGAGGAGUCGAGGUCUCAAAGUCUCAGGAUGAACAGUUUGCAGGACGAGUCCACUGGGACAAAGACGUCCUCAAAGAAGGACGACUCAGACUUCAUGUGUCCUCGUUGAGGACUGAAGACUCGGGGCGAUAUGAGUGUGAAGUGAUGACAGAGUUCGGCGUGGAAUCGACUCAGAUCUGGCUCGAUGUGAUCGCAUCAACGCUCCGGCACAAAUCUGAUCCUGAACCAGAGACUGGACCAGAGACUGAACCAGAGACUGGACCAGAGACUGAACCAGAGACUGGACCAGAGACUGGACCAGAGACUGAACCAGAGAGAUUUAACACAAAGAGUUGGGGAUGGAUG